AUGGGCGAUCGAGAUUUCCAACAAACACUUGGUGAUUUGUUAGAAACUAAAAGCAAAUGCAUGAAAGAUUCAUCCAAAAAUCUUUCGUGGAAGAAAGUUAUGGAAGCUCAAGUCAAGAAAACAUGGUUAGGAGGUUGGAAAACGAAGAUCAGAAGAUGCCCCACAAGGAAUAAUACUUUAAAGAUGAGGAAGAGACAGAGGGUGAGGCGGGCGGGAAGUCACCGAGGAUCAAGAAGGGCCACCACGAUGGUGAUAGAACGCAAGGUUCGAACGUUGAAGAAACUGAUCCCAAACGGGGAAUCAUCGAUCGGUUUGGAUGGGCUGUUUAUAGAGACUGCAGAAUACAUAACGAAUUUACAAAGGAGAGUGAGAAUCAUGCAAGCCGUGGUAGAUGCAUUGUCCUGUGCCGAGUGA